UUGAUGAAGAUGAGACUGUUACUCCACCAAUCUUGCCACCGAGCCCCCAACCGGAACCUACCAACCGAACUGCCACCCGUUGGGUACCAAAAUUGACUUUUAAAAACCGAGAUGUCGAGGAUGCUGAUUCGGUUGUCGCCGAAAAAGAUCACGAGUUGGCCUUUAAUCUGGCUAAGGGAGUGUGCCUCCCCAAGGAUAUGGAGCAUCACAGAAAGCAGCUAAACACCGAAUUAAAGUCCAUUCGGUCUGCAACGAAGUCCAUGAUCCUGGCAAUUCAAAAAAACUACCAUACUCACAAGAAGGUGCUGGAACUCAGACAAACUGCAAGGGAUGCUGUUGCAGAAGCCGAAGUGAAGUCGGCCGAAGUAGAAGAAAUCAAGAAGCAAAUGGCCGAGCUUCAAGCUGAGAACAGCAGGCUGACCGGACUGGUUAGUUCGGCUGAGGCAGAAAGGCAGAAGACUGCCAUAGCUCUUAAGGACAAAUACCUGCGCGAGCUGGUGAAGCUCGAAAGAAAGAAGGAUGCCGAAAUAAAGGAGAAGGUAAAUGAGGCUGACAAACAAGGCUUCAAGAGGGCAGAGGAUGCUUAUGCCCAACAAUGCAAUGCUGCCAAGGAGCUGUUCUUUAAGUGCGGCUGGAGGGGAGCCGUUGAGUAGCUCGGUCAUGAUCCUCAGACCGAGGUUUUCAACCCUCCAGCCUACUUUAUACCGAACUCCCUGAUGGAGUAUGCCAAGGCCAUGCAACAGCAGUUCCUUGAGGGUUCAUAUGAUGAAGACACUGAUGAAGACUCUGCCCUUGAGGAUACUUCGGUUGUGAAUGCAGAUGAGGUAGUUCGGUCGGAGCCCGUGGUGGAAGGUCCAACUAUUGAUCAACCAAGUGAAACCGUGGCUCCGGCCAAAACCAUUCUGCCUGCUGAAAACGUCCUUGCUCCUGAAUUCGGUCUUCAGGUUGAUGCCGAUGCUGCCUUCGAUGCCGAGAUCGAAGAUCUUUUUUCCUGACUUUGUACUUUUUGUUUUCUUUGUAACCGAACUAAGCCCCCUUGUAAUGACUUCUCUUUUGAAUGAAAAUUCUGCU